AUGCAAUCCUCCUCGGCCGGCGAUGACGCCCAGUUCCGCCACACGCAACUCUUCCACAUGCUCAUGAAGGUGAGUCUCCAUACACCUUUUCCUGUCUCGAACCCGACUUUUCAGGUGCUUUCCUCUUCGGCGGAGAAUGCGACGACAACCACUACGACGCCGAUGCCCAUUGACGUCAUCGAUUCAGAAGCGCCGUCGAGCGAAUCUUGGGGCGACGAAUCUCUCGUCGUCGCCAUCGUCGCCCUCGGCUCCAUCUUCGCGCUCCUCACCACUGUCGGAAACCUGAUGGUAGCUGUUAUCCGUGUUUCAGUCACAGAUCGCCUUUCUUAGGUGAUGGUGAGCUUCAAAAUCGACAAGCAGCUUCAGACCAUCAGCAAUUAUUUCCUCUUCAGUUUGGCUGUUGCCGACAUAACCAUUGGUGAGCGAGACUUUGAUUGAUUUUUCUAACGAUUUUUUUGUUUGAAAUAAGUCCUCUCUGUGUUUCUUAUUCACUGUAUUGAAAAAGCGAUUUCAUUAUCACAAAAAAGGGGUUGAACAACUUAUCAUCAAUUAAAGAAUGUUUUAUCACUUUACAGAAAAUUUUUUUUCUGUCUUCCCUGAUUAUUUGCCUCAUAAAAAAAAGUAAAUUGGCUUGUACAUUUUACACUUCCGUACGAAAAAUUUUAAUAUGUCUGUGUGUGAUUUUCCUUCGGGAAUAAUUUGAUUAUUGGCAUGUUUCAAUUGAUUCCAGGACUUUCUCACGAAAAGAUCUUUCGAAAUAUAUUUAAAGCUGUUGAAACUUUGUAAUAAGCCCUUUUGGUUGUAAAUCAGGGAGUUCAAGAAAAAACAAGCUAAAAGGAGUUUUUUUUUUUGGCUUAUCAUUGAAAUAAAGGAACUUUCAGGUGUGAUAUCUAUCCCGAUGUUCACCUACUACACGGCGAUGAACACCUGGGGAAUCGGGUACACGAUGUGUCAGUUCUGGCUGUGCAUCGACUACCUCAUGAGCAACGCGUCCGUCCUCAACCUGCUGCUCAUCUCCUUCGAUCGCUACUUCUCCGUCACGCGUCCGCUUUCCUACCGCCCCAGGAGAACGACAAAGAAAGCGUUGACGAUGAUCGCCUGCACGUACAUCAUCUCGAUGAUCCUGUGGCCGCCUUGGAUCAUCUCCUGGCCCUACAUCGAAGGCAAAUUCACGUCGAAGCCAGGAACCUGCGUUGUGCAGUUCCUGCAGACCAAUCCCUACGUCACCGUCGGAACCGCCGUCGCCGCCUUCUACCUGCCUGUCACUAUCAUGAUCAUACUCUACACACGCGUCUAUUGGGAGACGCAGAAACGUCAAAAAGAGUUCGGAAAACUCCAAGCUUCUCAGGUAAGCCAUUUUCGAUUUACAUUGUUCUCAUAACAAGAAACGAAUGGAUGAAACCAGACCGGAAACUGGAGCUCUCGAGCUAAAGGCAAACGUCGGUCGAGAAGUCUCAUGAACAAGGUUCCGCAGAAGAAAUUGUACCUCUAAGAAACGUUCCAAUUAUUUUCUCUUCCUUCUUUUCUUUUUUCCCUUUAGAAAUUCGUGUAUGCCAAUUAGCCCAUGUCACGCGAGUCUUUCCAGACAAUUUUCCAAUUCUGGAGUCUCGUUGAAAAUCAAAAUUGCAGUUCCCACGGCGGUCCAUCAAGCGGGACUUUUCUUCCAAUUCAAUAGUCAAAUCGAGUGGCUCUGUACGCAGAAACGACUGGAACUCGGAACAAAUCAAUUCGUGAGCGUUUUGUUCUCAAGGAAAUUUCUUUAGAGAGGAAAAUAACCUGAAUAACUCAGCAUUGUUCAGAGCUGUCCCUUCUCGAACGGUGAAGCGGAAAUCCUGGCUUCGCAGUUGCACCGGGAAGUCCAACUCCUCUUCGGAAGACAGUUCUGAGGUGAGCUGAUAUCAGCGAGAUCGGGAGAAUCGGGUUUGUUAAGGCGGCGGUGAUGAAUCUCGACGACACUUCGCUUUCUUCGUCGCUGUUCGCUGGCAAAAAACGCAACGUCAGUCCGCCUUGCAGUCCUCUUCCAACAAACUUUGUCAGUUUUGAGUUGAAAGAAAACAAGAAAAUAAAGAAACUUUAUCGAAGUUGAACUCGACAGACCCAAAAAAUUUCUCUAAUAUUGAGAACUCAGUAGAAACUUCUGCAGUUUUAAGGCGGGAAAAAAGGAGAGAAACUUUUCGGCUCUCAUUUGAAUAGUCUCAAUUUUUUAUUGGUUGGAAUUUGUAUCUAGGUUUGUUAUUCAUACAAAUUUUUUAGUCAGAAUUGACUUCUGGGAUUUCGUUAUACGUAAAUGUAUUGUUAUUACUUGUAAUGAGAAAUUUUAGAAUUAAUUUUAGGAGACGGAGAGCUUGGAGAAAUGCGAGAUAGAGACGCCGGCGAGAAACGGAUCGACGCGAUUCAGGACUCGUACUGAGAAGAUGGACAGACCGCCCGUCGAAACUUAUACGGUAGCCUUUUCAGAAUUUUCUAGUUGUUUUCUGCAAAUUUCUGAUUGUUUUCUGCAAACUUUUCGGUGGUGAACGCUCAUUUGAUUUAUACCUGCUCACCGUUUCAACAUAAUCCAUCAAAAGGAAAAGUUCAUCCAAAACCCUUGAGUAUUUCAGGUGCUCAUUGAGUUGAACGACGAGGGCGCUCGGCCAUGCGUUCGUCUCAGUAGCUGCGAGCCAUACGUAGAGUUCGUUGUUUUCUUCCUUUUUUUUUUCGAAAUAGCGGAAUCCAAAAUGAAUUGAUGUUUUCAGUGACUCGCCAGGAGAACUGAAGCCACGGUCUCGGUCGCGAAGCGACUGUCCCUCGGAGGCCGAAGAGCGCCGUCUAAGUUUCGCAAAACGUUCGUUUUUCGCCUUUUUCCCUCUCAAGUGUUCGCCCAAAAAACAAGUCGAUAAAUAAGACCUUUUUUUAAAUAAGAGUAGUAACUGAGAAUUCAUUUUAGUGAAUGCUUCCUCUGCGAGUCUUGGUUUUUAAAACGUUAGGUGGUAGAAACAAAUACACUAUUGUUAAUAAGAUAACAUGUAAAAUCGCGAAUUUAAACCUAUUUUUUGAAUAGUUUAGAAUAUCGAAUUUUUUGUUUGAGAUUAUAUAAAUGAGUUAAAAAAUCAUCUACCUCUUCUCUAUUUAUUUUUUUUUAUUCAUUUAUGAGCCUGAAACUUCAAGCAGUGUUUCAAGAUUAAGUAUCUCCACCAGAAAUUCAUCAAAAGAUUCACUUUCGAAAUGAGAUUCCGAGAAACGAAAAAACGGAGGAUCCAGAAUUAUUUUCAAUGUUUUCUAAUGGAAAUGUACAUAUAAAAGUACUGAAAAAAAACUUUUAACAGCCAAUAAAUUCCAGAAUCUCCUAUAAAGAACGGUCGGCCAAUCAAAAGCUUCUCUUCAAGUGACCGCAAGAGCGAGAAGGAAAGGCGGAAGAACGAGCGAAAGCAGGAGAGUAAGGCCGCGAAAACGCUCUCCGCCAUCCUCUGCGCCUUCAUCGCCACCUGGACACCCUACAAUUGUCAGUACCUUAUUUUUCAACAUUAUGGAUUUUUUCGGCCAGGAUACCUGAGAUAUUUCUCAGCAUAAGAACUGCCAGAAAGGUUUCUAUGAAGUUCUCAAGUUUUUCAAAAAAAUUUGAUUUUUAAUAUAUACUUUAAAGAGAUUUACCCCAAUUUUCGAAAGUGUUUGGAAGUUACCGAAGUUUUAAAUUUUCUCUUUCACUUAUUCGUCUUGAAAUCUUUUACAGAACGUAAUUGUCAAACAAUAUUUGCAUGAAACAGUUUUUUGCAGUGAUAGUCUGUUGGGAAGCUUUUUUCCCAUACACGGUGCCCAACAUUUUGUGGACGAUCAGCUACUUUCUCUGCUACAUCAACUCCACAAUCAACCCUCUCUGCUACGCUCUUUGCAAUGCCAGGUGCGCUAGAUAGUCUUCAUAGAAAUCGCCAAAGCGAACAUUUUUUUUAUUCCAAUUGGAGACUUUCUUAGGGACCAAAAAAUUUGAUUUUCGGAAAAUUAAAAAAAAAAAGCAGAAUUCUCGUGAGAAAAAAAUUUUGUGUGUAAGUUUUUCAUAUUCAGAGAAGGUUUAAACCUUUCAAAUAAUGAGCCUAUGACGUGUUAAUCGGAAAAAAAGCCACACGUUUCAAAACGCUGAAACGUGUUCAUUAGGGCAGCAAUCGUGCACCAAAACAGUACUGAUUUUUGUUUUGAAUGAAUUUUCCUGCGUUUCGGAACAAUUUUUGUUUUGUCCGAUGAACGCGCCACUAGAAAUCAGAUUUAAAGGUUUCGGCUUUUUUUUUCGAUGAGAAAAAGCUUUUUCGAUUACCACCAUUUUGUAGGUUCCGGCACACUUAUAUGCGGAUAAUACGGUGUAAAUUUGGGCCGGAGCGACCGACGCUGAACCAAGGCUUCGUCCGCCGGUGA